AGAGGUAUCGCCCCCUCACCACUCACCGGCCUCGCGCACGCACGAAGAACCACCAACAGAGUAGCGCACCUGACGAGGGGGAGGGGAAGAGAAAACCCUAUGCCCUAGCGGCCGGCGGCGACCUCUCACCCUCACCGACCUCACGCACGCGCGAGGAGCAAGAGGGGCGAAAAGCCCUAGGCCCUAGCGUCCGGCGGCUACGGGCGAGGCGCGCGCGGAGGCGGGGCGGGCCGUUCUCCUGGCCCCCGUCGCGGCGGCUGCAGCCAUGAUGAUGAUGUCCGACGACGACGAUGACUCGGACCCGCAGUUCAAUGUGGUGGCUGAUUACUUCUUCGUUGACGCGGAGAAGAACCCCAUCUGUCUCUCAGCCUUGCCGAUUCGGUUCGAGCAAGGCACGGAUGAGGCCACUCAAUGCAAACAGAACAUCGUCUUGCGGGGAGUCGCUGACUCUGGCAUCACAGUUUACACGCAUGUGGUUGCCUGGAAGCUGGGGCUUGAAGGCAAGCAGCCCGUGAUCGCCGUGCUGUCCGUGGAAGGCAGCUGGAUAAAUCUCGCCAAGCCCAGGAACAGCUACGAAGAAGAGUUCCGAACAAUUUUCAUCACAGUGCGGAUGCUUCACUUCCUCAGAAGAAAACCUGAGGAGCCUGAGAAGAACUUGUGGAGUCAUCUUCGCAAAGUUUUUGACAAGUUUGACCUUAGACCCUCCAAGGACGAUUUCAGGAACCACCGUUCCCUAUUGAAGCUGUUUGCUGAGAAAGAUUUGAACUUAGCAAAAUCACAGGUUUUGCGAGCAUUUAUUGAAGAUGGAUCUAAGAAGCAAACAAGCGAGGUUGAGUCAGAUAAUAUUGAAAUGAAGCAGUCAUUUAUUGCCUCCGAUGAGGAGAUAGAGGAUAUGGUUUCUGAUGGAAGUUCUGAAUCUGAUGGAAAUUCUGAAUCUGAUGAAGAGGAGGAUGAUCUGUUUGAUUUUACUUGUGCCAUAUGUGACAAUGGAGGAGAUUUGUUAGGGUGUGAUGGCCCAUGUAUGAGGUCCUUCCAUGCCAAAAUAGGAACUGGCGAGGACUCCUAUUGUGAUACCCUUGGGUUCACUGAGGCAGAAGUUGAGGCAAUGAAAACUUUUCUGUGCAAGAACUGUGAGUAUAAGCAACACCAGUGUUUUAUUUGUGGAGUAUUAGAGCCUUCGGAUGGACCAACUGCUAAGGUGUUUCUUUGUAACAAUGCUACAUGUGGGUACUUUUACCACCCCAAAUGUGUUGCAAGAAAACUUCAUCCUAACAACAAGAUUGAAGCCUUAGAAAAAGAGAACAAGAUAAUAGGUGGAUCUUCAUUUACGUGCCCCAUUCAUUGGUGUUUUCACUGUAAAGGCUUGGAGGAUAGAUCACAAGAACAAUUGCAGUUUGCUGUUUGCAGACGCUGUCCAAAGUCAUAUCAUAGAAAAUGUUUGCCGAGAGAAAUACCCUUUGAAGAUAGCAAUGAGGACAUUGUUACACGAGCCUGGGACCUUUCAAAAAGAAUUUUGAUCUAUUGCUUGGACCAUGAGAUAGAUAGUGACAUUGAGACACCUGUCAGAAAUCAUAUAAAGUUUCCGGGUAUUCCAAAAAUUGUAAAACCAGCAGAUUACCUAAAGAGAAAAAACAAGGUGUUGAUUAACAAGAGAAAGAGAGAUUUUGAUGAAUCAUUUCUUGAACAAUCUUCAAAUAAAGCUGCAAAGGUGCCAGUCAAGGUUCGGGUGCAAGAAGAUGAACACGCCAGAAAAUUUGCUGUGAAGAGUUCAUCAGAGCAAUUUGUUGACAAGCCUGAGAAGAAAAAACCAAAGGUCAAAGAUACUUCUGCAAGCAGUUCAAGACCUGCAAAUGAGCAGGAAAAAUACUUGGCGACUUCACCCUCAUCUACUAUGGGGAACUUGCCCCAGAGUUCAUUUCCUAGGGUGGACAGUGAAACAGAGAAGAGGGUAAUUGCUUUGGUAGAGAAAGAAGGCUCUUCCUUGACACUAAAAGAUAUAUCAAGCAGGUGCCUUGUGCCAUCAACUCAUGUAUACGCUGGCAGGCAAACUGAUAAGAUUGUUGCGACGGGCAAGCUUGAGCGUUCUGUUCAGGCUGUAGGAGCAGCUCUAAAAGCGCUGGGUAAUGGAGGUAAUGUUAAUGAGGCGAAAGCAGUAUGUGAACCUCAAGUUUUGAAGCAGCUAACAAAGUGGCAUACUAGGCUCAGAGUAUAUAUUUCACCAUUCAUUUAUGGGUCACGCUACAGUUCUUUUGGUCGACAUUUCACAAAGGUGGAUAAGCUUGUUGAGAUUGUUGAUAAACUUCAUUGGUAUGUGGAACCUGGUGACACGAUAGUGGAUUUCUGCUGUGGCGCAAAUGAUUUCAGUCGAUUGAUGAAAGAAAAACUUGAUGAAGUUGACAAGAAGUGUCAUUUCAAGAAUUAUGAUCUUAUCCAACCACAGAAUAGCUUUUGCUUUGAAAGGAGGGAUUGGAUGACUGUGCAGCCAGACGAACUGCCUGGCGGAAGGCAACUGAUAAUGGGGCUUAAUCCUCCUUUUGGAGUCAAAGCAGCUCUGGCGAACAAAUUUAUCGACAAAGCAUUGUCUUUUAAGCCCAAGCUUGUUAUACUAAUUGUCCCAAAAGAAACUAAAAGGUUAGAUCAAAAGAAGACACCUUAUGAUUUGGUUUGGGAGGAUAGUAACUGUCUUGCUGGGAAGUCGUUUUAUUUGCCUGGUUCUCUCGAUGUGAAUGACAAAAUAGUUCAAGGGUGGAAUGCAUCUGCACCACCCCUCUAUUUGUGGAGUCGUUCUGAUUGGACAAAAAAGCAUAAGGAAGUAGCCAAGGCGCAUAAUCACACAAGUGUGGGGAAAAUCUCUCGCCGUGUUGAACAGGGUAAUUUGUCAGAUGAUGGCCCUGCGAAGAAAGAAGCUGAAUCUUCUGAUGUGCAUAAUUCAAGACCAGGGAAAGAAAAGGAGAAUAUAAGAAAUACCUCAUGCCACCCAAGAGAGGUCAAUCUAUCAAAUAAUUUACCUGCACGGAGAAAAGCUGAACCUAAGAGUAAGCAAAAUGCUAGAUCAGGAAAAGCAAAAGAGACUAGAGAGAAGGCUACAUGUGAUUUCAGAGAGGAUAGUCCAUCAGGAAAAGCAGAAGAGAAAAGGCAUAAGGCGGCAUGCUCUGUCAGAGAGGUUAGUCCAUCAGAUGACCACCUUGUGAAGAAACAAGAUAGACCUGGAGAAGAGAAAGCAGCCAGAAAGGCAAACUUCACGGUAAAGAAGCAAGCUAGGCCUAGAGAAGACGAAGAAGCUAAUCUAUCAGGUAACCGCCCCCUGAAGAAACAAGCUGAAGCUACCUCUCAACAAAUUUCCCGACCAGGGAAACAGAAUAGCAGGGAUGAAAGCGAAAGCUCUGAUGACAGGAGAAGGAAAAGGAUCCCUGACGAGGCAGACAGCCUCCCUCCAGAAAAGCAAGUGGAAGUUGCCUAUGAGGAGACGAGAGCUAUUCCAAGUAAAAGGGGUAUGCACCAAGGACAGAGCAAUGGAACUAAUGCUCGUGUAAAGGAAUCGAAAGGGAGUUCAGACAUGAGUAUGUCAUCAUCCCUUGAAAACAGCACUGCUCGUCACAGAUCCAGAAGCAAUUCCCCUUUUAUACCAAAUGAACAACCCUCUGGUUAUACGACAGCGCACCGCGAUAGUAAUAUGAAGUAUCAUGUGAAAGAACCUCGCGUCUCUACAUUCAACAGCGCUACUACUUAUCAGGCAAGUUAUUUGGCAAACAGUGAUGGGCGCAAGGAUGCAAUCGGAGAGAGGAAUGACCCCACUUUUUACAUGGGUGCUGAUGAUAGGUCAAGUGCGUACAACUCCAGCAUUGAAGAGAUGACCAAAAGGUAUGCUCCUGGCCGAGCUGGGGACGUGUGCAGUCCGCAAGGUCAGGGAAAUGGUGGCAGCUUCUCCAGGAGGCAGGAUGAUCACCUUCAGACCAGUCUUUACUCCCUUGGUUCUUCAGGUGCUAGAUAUGACCAGAUUGGUUCUUCAGGUGCUAGAUAUGACCAGAUUGUUUCUUCAGGUGCAAGAUAUGACCCGCGAUCUUUAACUUCGCCGUCUUAUGGGCUGUUGAGUACAACUCCACGGAGCUCAGUCAUAGACAAGUACAGUCCAGGGUUCUCGGGUUCAAGUGGAUCUGGACCGUCAGUCAUGGACAGCUACGCUCCUGGUUACUUGGGCGCAAAUGCACCAGGAAGAAGCUUGGUAAUGGACAGAUAUGCUCCACCCCUCGAUGAAACGAACUACGCAAUGCGAGGUGUUCAUGAUGUGCCUGGAUAUGGAAGGGACAUGCCUCCACAGUACCCCUACAGAGGGCCAGAUCCUUCUGGCAGAGGGCCGCCUCAUAUUUGAUUACUGAAGCUUCUCCAAGUUACCCUAGCCAUGCAGUUUUUCUUCUUUCUGACCCGACCUGUUCAAAGUGACUUCUGUAAUUAGGUUGUCACGAAUGAAUGGGUAUGCAGAUGAUGACUCGCUGUUUAGUCCUUGCCAAUGCUGUGAUACCUGUUAUGUGAAAA